ACACAGAACCAAUACCAAAACGACCGCUUCUGAUCAACGUUCUCUCUCUCUCUCUCUCUCUCUCCUCGUUUUCGCAAUUUCAGUUUCAGGAAAAAGAUCCAGCGACAUUCACAAUCGAAAAACUGAUCCUAGGGUUAUUUUUCUCAAUGCGAAGUUAUGAGAGUUUCGCUUGAAUUAUUGAUUUCGGACAAUGCAUGGAUCUUAGAACACGGAGUACAAGAGAUCGACCCGAUUUUUGGUGGCAAUGGCGGCCUCUCCCGUCAAAUUCUUAUUGGGAUUUCUACUAGCCUCGUUCAUUUUAUGGCUGGUGUUCAUGUUUGCGUUGAGGUUGUUUGCUUGGAUCUUAAGCCGGCUUAUGGGAGCAUCUGUUGGAUUCCGGAUUGGAGGAUGGAUGUGUUUAAGAGAUGUUGUUGUCAAAUUCAAAAAGGGUGUUGUUGAAUCUGUAUCUGUUGGUGAAAUCAGGCUCAGCUUACGCCAAUCCUUGGUUAAACUUGGGGUUGGUUUUAUUUCUAGGGACCCAAAACUGCAGGUGUUAAUAUGCCAUUUACAAGUUGUACUGAGACCUUCAGGUAGAAGCACACAGAAAAUCAGGUCUCGAAAGUCUCACACUUCAAGUAGAGGAAAGUGGAGGGUUGUGGCUAAUGUGGCAAGAUAUUUGUCAGCUUCUAUAAGCGAAUUGGUUGUGAAGAUGCCCAGAGCAACUAUUGCUGUUAAAGAACUCAGAGCCGGUCUAUCUAAAGAUGGUGGAUCCAAGCCAGCUCUGUUUGUUAAGCUACACCUUUUGCACAUCCUCGGUCACUUGGGAGGGCCAUGGGUCAAUUAUGAUCAAGCAUCCAACUUUAACCGUGGUGGAAACACUUCAGCUAGCCCCACAUUCUUUGCCUUGUUGGAAACGAACCCUGCUCCUUUCUACUGCACAGAAUUAAUUCUUUCUUCUGAAUUUCGUCAUGAUGGGGAAGCAGGUGUAGUAAUCAAGAAUGUGGACAUUUUAAGUGGAGAAGUCACGUUAAACUUAACCGAGGAGUUGGUUCAUAGAAAGAAGUUUUCAUCUGACACGUGCUCUCAUGCUGCUGAAGUUGCAUCUAGCACUACUAAAGAGUCACGGAUAAAACAAGCUGCACUUUUGUCUGUGAAGAUGAAGAAAUGUAUUUCAAUGAUUCCAGAGAAGCUAUACUUCAAUUUACCCAAGCUGGAUGUGAAGUUUGUGCAUAGGAGACAUGAUCUUGUUGUUGAAAAUAACAUCAUGGGUAUUCAAGUUGAAAUCAUCAAAGAACGAUCUAUGGAAGAAGUAGGGGAGAGUACACGCCUUGAUAUUCGAAUGGAUUUUAAUGAGAUUCAUCUUUUAAGAGAAGCUAGCAUUUCUGUCUUGGAGAUACUAAAACUUGGUGUUGUUUCUUCAGCUUACAUUCCUUCACAGCAUGAUUUGCCUAUCAGAUAUGAGAGUGAUGUUAAGCUUGGGGAUACACAGUGCAACAUUAUACUGAGCAGACUAAAGCCAUGGAUGCGCCUUCGCUCCUCAAAAGGGGAGAAAAUGGUGCUUCAAGAUGGGAGUUCUAACCCUGGAAGGCUGCAUUCUACCGAAUCCAAAGGCAUCAUAUGGAGUUGUACAGUUUCAGCACCAGAGAUGACUGCUAUGCUUUAUAGCCUGAGUGGUUCGCCCCUAUAUCUUGGUUGCUCACAAUCAGCACAUUUGUUUGCCAAUAAUAUUUCAAGUACUGGCACUUCAGUGCACAUGGAACUUGGUGAACUAAAUUUACACACAGCUGGUGAAUAUGAAGAUUGCUUAAAAGAAAGCCUUUUUGGAGUGGAAACAAAUACAGGUUGCAUAAUGAAUAUCACAACAGCUAGCCUGGAUUGGGGCAGAAAAGAUAUGGAGUCACUUGAAAAAGAUGGUCCUAAGAGCAAAGUGGUUCUCUCAGUUGAGGUGACUGGUGUGGGUGUUUACUUGACCUUCAAGCGUAUUGAAUCACUUCUAUCGACGGUAAUAUCCUUUAAAUAUUUGUUGAAAUUGUUUUCUGCUUCUAGUACAAAACCACCACCGAACCGAGGAGGCCACCCAUCUGAACCAUCAGGGAAGGGCAUUCAACGCUUAAUAUUUAGAUUGGAUAAGUGCUCUAUAAACUUUAGCGGUGAGAUGGGGUUGGAGAACACAGUUAUUGCGGACCCCAAACGUGUGAAUUAUGGAUCUCAAGGUGGUCGAGUUAUAGUUAUUCUCUCAGCUGAUGGGGCACCACGUAGUGCAAACAUAAUGUCCACCAUUUCUGAUGAAUGCAAGAAAUUGAAGUAUUGUAUAUCUCUUGACAUUUUCCAGUUCAGUACGAGCAUGGACAGGGAGAAACAGUCGACACAGAUGGAGCUUGAAAGAGCAAGAUCUAUCUAUCAGGAGUACUUGGAUGAUGAUAGGUCAGGUGCAAUUUGUGCAUUGUUUGACAUGCAGAAUGCAAAACUUCUGCGAUCUGGUGGUCUUAAAGAGAUUACUAUUCGCUAUUUGUUUAGUGCUACGGAUAUUGCAAUCAGGUGGGAGCCAGAUGUUCAUAUAGCAUUGUUUGAGCUUGUGCUACAAGUGAAGUUACUCAUACAUAAUCACAAGUUUCAAGGAUUUGAUGAAAUUCCUAUGGAAAACACUUCUAGUGUAAGAGGAAAUGAACAGAAGAAAGAAACCUCUGUCGAAACAAUACAAUAUGGAAAGCAAAAGAAGAAAAGGGAAUCUAUUUUCGUUGUUGACCUUGAGAUGCUGAGCAUAUCUGCUGAGGUUGGAGAUGGGGUUGAUGCCAUGGUUCAGGUUCAAUCAAUUUUUACUGAGAAUGCAUCUAUAGGGGUAGUUCUUGAAGGACUUGUGCUCAGUUUCAAUGAUGCAAGAGUCUUUAAAAGCAGUCGGAUACAAAUAUCUAGAAUUCCUAAUGUCUCUGCUGGUUCAUCUGAUGCUGAAGUUGGGGCAGCGACUUCAUGGGAUUGGGUAAUUCAAGGACUUGAUGUCCAUAUUUGCAUGCCAUACAGAUUGCAGUUGCGUGCCAUUGAUGAUUCCAUUGAGGAGAUGUUGAGAGCUCUAAAGCUUAUCACUGCUGCUAAAGCCAAAAUUGUAUUUCCAAUGAAGAAAGAUAGUGCAAAACCUAAGCAGCCUAGUUCAACAAAAUUUGGUUGUGUGAAGUUAUGCAUACAUAAACUAACUGUUGACAUUGAGGAAGAACCGUUACAGGGUUGGCUUGAUGAACACUAUCAGUUGAUGAAGAAUGAGGCUUCUGAAUUAUCUGUCAGAUUGAAAUUUCUUGAUGAACUUAUUUCCAGAAGCAGGCAAUGUUCUGGAACUGCUGAAGCAAAGGAUUCUGCUCACGAUGGAGAGAUACUUUUUUCUGUAGGUGAGGAGAUUGAUGUUCGAAAUGCUUCAGUUGUUCAGAAGGAGGAGGAGAUUUAUAAGCAAUCAUUCCAGUCAUAUUACCAGGCAUGUCAGAAUCUUGUGCCAUCAGAUGGAUCAGGAGCUUGUAAAAGAGGGUUUCAAUCUGGUUUCAAGCCUAGCACUUCAAGAACAUCUCUCCUUUCUAUCUAUGCAUUAGAGUUGGAUGUUAGCUUGACAAGCAUUAUUGGUGGUGAUGAUGGGAUGUUAGAGGUUAUUCAACAGCUUGAUCCUGUCAGUCGAGAAUUUAACAUACCCUUUUCUCGACUUUACGGGAGUACUGUUCUUUUGCGCAUGUGCUCUCUUGUUGUUCAGUUGAGAAAUUACACUUUGCCACUUUUUUCUGGAUCUUCUGGCAGCUGUGAAGGUCGCGUUGUGCUAGCUCAACAGGCAACAUGCUUUCAGCCCCAAAUUUACCAAAAUGUAUUCAUUGGGAGAUGGAGGAAGGUUCGCAUGCUUCGUUCAGCUACUGGCACUACUCCACCAAUGAAAACAUACUUAGAUUUGCCUAUACAUUUUCAGAAAACAGAUGUUGCCUUUGGAGUGGGUUUUGAGCCAGCUUUUGCUGAUAUCAGCUAUGCUUUUACUGUAGCUCUUCGUAGGGCUAAUCUAAGCAUGAGGAACCCUAAUAGUUUCGAUGUUCAACCACCAAGAAAGGAACGAAGCUUACCAUGGUGGGAUGAUAUGAGAAACUACAUUCAUGGGAAUAUAACUUUGUUCAUGUCUGAGACCAGAUGGAAUCUUCUUGCCACUACUGAUCCUUAUGAGAAGUGUGACAAGCUUCAAAUCCUUUCUUGCCAUAUGGAAAUCCAGCAGUCAGAUGGUCGUGUUUAUCUCUCUGUCAAGGAUUUUAAGAUUUUGUUGAGCACUUUGGAGACUUUUCUAAACAACUGCAACCUAAAACUUCCAAUUGGCAUGUCUGAUGCUCUCCUAGAGGCCCCAUCCUUUACUCUAGAAGUGACAAUGGAAUGGGAUUGCGAGUCAGGCAAUCCCAUAAAUCACUAUUUGUUUGCACUCCCACAUGAAGGUGUACCUCGUGAAAAAGUUUUUGAUCCCUUCAGAUCUACUUCUCUCUCCCUGAGGUGGGAUUUCUCACUGAGGCCCUCUCUGCCCUCAAGUGAGGAUCAAUCACUAUCCUCCACCAUGCGAGAUGAUGCUAUCGUGAGCGGUGCUACUUAUGGUAAAAUAUUCAGGUCAGAAUAUGUUUCAACUGAUUCAGCAACCAUGGUAGUUGGUGCUCAUGAUUUAGUAUGGUUAAUAAAAUUCUGGAACAUGAAUUUCAUACCUCCUCAUAAGUUGAGAACCUUUUCGCGGUGGCCUCGUUUUGGAAUUCCAAGAGUCUCCAGAUCGGGCAAUCUGUCGUUAGAAAGGGUGAUGACGGAAUUCAUGUUCCGGAUUGAUGUAACUCCGAUCUGUAUAAGGCAUAUGCCUUUGGAUGAUAAUGAUCCGGCUAAAGGACUUAAAUUUAAGAUGUCAAAACUCAAAUGUGAACUCUACUUUGGUCGGGGUAAGCAAACAUAUACCUUUGAAUGCAUGCGUGAUCCUCUUGAUCUUGUUUACCUGGGUGUUGACCUUAACAUGCUUAAAGCAAGUUUAAGUAAAGAAGAUUGCAUGAGUGUUGCAAAAGCAAUCCAAAUCAGCAGGAAAAAUCCUACGUAUGUGCCAAUGGGUAAAGCUACCAAUGAAAAACGUAGCUAUACUAGCAGCUGCACAGAGAAGAAUAGUGAUGAUGGAUUUCUGCUAUCAUCAGAUUAUUUCCUAAUCAGACGGCAAGCCGCAAAAGCCGAUCCUGCAAGGUUAUCAGCAUGGCAGGAAGCAGGAAGAAGAAAUCUUGAGAUGACAUACAUCAGGUCUGAGUUUGAAAACGAGAGUAAGAGUAAUGACCACACUGGAUCAGAUCCAAGUGAUGAUGAUUAUAAUGUGGCAAUAGCUGACAAUUGUUUACGCAUUUUUGUUUACGGCCUCAAGCUUUUGUGGAAUUUUGAAAAUAGAGAUGCUGUGUGUUCCUGGAUUGCUGUAAUAUCCAAGGCAUUUGAACCUCCAAAACUUUCUCCUUCUCGGCUGUAUGCACAGAGGAAGUUGAAUGAGGGCAAACAGGUUGUUAAUGGACCUGAAAUGCCUCAAGAUGAUUCAACAAAUCCUCCUUUAAUUAAUCAAGGUGGUAGUUCCCCUACUCCAAUGCUUGUAGUGACUUCAGGAUCGCCUUCAUCUCUAACUCAGGAAGUUAAAAGAGAGAACUCUCCAUCUGGUUUAAGGAGGAUUCAUUUUGCCUUACCACCAGCAAAUAACGGAAGCAAUCAUGAUUCUGAGGAGGAGGGUACUCGACAUUUCAUGGUGAAUAUAGUAGAACCACAAUUCAAUCUUCACUCAGAAGAUUCCAAUGGUAGAUUUCUGCUUGCUGCUGAUAGUGGUCGUGUUUUAGCCCGUUCAUUCCAUUCAGUUCUUCACAUUGGCUAUGAAAUAAUUGGACAAGCUCUUGGUGCUGGAAAUUUACAUGUUCCAGAAUGUCAACCUGAAAUGACAUGGAACCGCAAGGAAUUUUCGGUGAUGUUGGAGCAUGUGCAGGCUCAUGUUGCACCAACUGAUGUUGACCCUGGGGCUGGACUUCAGUGGCUUCCAAAAAUCCGUAGGAGUUCCCCCAACAGAAAGCGCACUGGUGCUUUACUUGAAAGAGUGUUUGUGCCUUGUGAUAUGUACUUCCGCUACACAAGGCAUAACGGCGGUACAACAGACUUAAAGAUGAAGCCCUUGAAAGAGCUGUCUUUCAAUUCCCGCAAUUUGACGGCGACAAUGACAUCCCGUCAAUAUCAGGUUAUGCUUGAUGUGUUGACUAAUCUUCUCUUUGCUCGGCUUCCCAAGCCUCGAAAAACUAGUCUGUCAUAUCUUGCUGAAGAUGAUGAAGGCAUUGAAGAGGCAGAUGAGGUUGUUCCUGAAGGUGUUGAAGAGGUAGAACUUGCGAGAAUCAAUCUUGAACAAAAAGAGCGGGAGCAGAAGAUGAUUCUAGAUGACAUUAGGAAAUUGUCUUCAUCUUCUGAUACGUCUGGAGAUGAAAGCUUGGAGAAGGAAGGUGAUCUAUGGAUGAUAACUGGUGGAAGGUCGACAUUGGUGUACAUGCUAAAGAAAGAGCUUGGGAAUGCAAAAAAUUUGAGAAAAACUGCCACUGCUUCACUAAGAAUGGCUCUGCACAAUGCUGCACAGCUAAUACUUAUGGAAAAAGAGAAAAACAAAAGUCCAUCCUGUGCCAUGCGUAUUUCUGUGCAAGUUAACAAAGUGAUUUGGAGCAUGCUUGCGGAUGGGAAAUGUUUUGUUGAAGCUGAGAUAAAUGAUAUGAAAUAUGAGUUUGACAGGGACUUCAAAGAUAUUGCUGUAGCUCGAUUCACAAUCAAGUAUUUUGUCGUGAGAAAUUGCUUGCCCAAUGCCAAGUUUGAUAUGCUUCUAUCACCAUGGAAUCCUCCUCCUGAAUGGGGAAAAAAAGUAAUGCUCCAGGUAGAUGCAAGGCAAGGAGCUCCAAAGGUUGGAAACACUCCUUUUGAAAACUUCCAGGUAGAUAUCUACCCCUUAAAGAUACACUUGACCGAGACACUGUACCAUAUGAUAUGGGGGUAUCUCUUCCCAGAAGAACAACAAGACUACCAAAGGCGGCAGGAAGUUUGGAAGGUUUCCACCGCUUCAGGACCAAAAAGUGUAAAGAAAGUUUCAUCUCUGGCUGAAGCUUUUGCAUCAAGCAGUCCCCCAACAAAAGAGCCUGAGGUUUCCUCGAAACCAAACCCAUUUUUGGUACCCUUUAUUUCUGGGAUUAGGAAAUCUUCUCUUCACGCAGAUUCCUCGCAAACAUCGAAGUUGCAGAACAGAAAAGAUAAAGGUGGUGGUUCAACUCCUGAUCUAAGACGAACCUCUUCGUUUGACAGAACAUGGGAAGAAAAUGUGGCCGAAUCUGUGGCAAAUGAACUUGUAUUACAGGUUCAUUCAUCUGGCAUUUCUCCAUCUAAAAGUGGGUCCCUUUCUCUUGAACAGCCGGACGAACUCACUGAAAAUAAGUCAAAAGAGAUGAAACCUAUUAGACCUGGUCGUUCUUCUCUUAAAGCAAAGAAGGUAGGAAAGAGGACAGAUGAUAAACUUUCCAAGCCUCGUAAAAUGAGGACGUUUCACAAUGUCAAGAUAAGCCAGGUUGAACUACUUGUCAGUUAUGAAGGGCCUCCAUUGUCUAUCACCGAGCUGAGGUUACUGAUGGAUGCUUUUCACCUUGUUGACUUCACUGGAACUUGGGGGCGACUGUUUUCACGAGUUAAGAAGCAUGUGAUUUGGGGUGUCUUGAAGUCGGUCACGGGGAUGCAGGGUAAGAAGUUUAAAUAUAAAGGACAUGCUCAGGAGGAGUCCAGCAGAGCUGCUGCAUCAGACAUCAAUCUUAAUCUCGCUGACAGCGAUCAAGGUUCAGUUGAGAAACCUGGUCAAUACCAAAUAUCUUGGGCUAGGCGUUCCAGUGAUGGAGCAGGUGAUGGAUUUGUCACAUCCGUUAAGGGCCUUUUCAAUUCUCAGCGCCGCAAGGCCAAGGCACUUGUGUUACGGACAAUGAGGUCCCAAACAGAGAAUAGGUCAAAUGGGGAAUGGAGUGAAAAUGAUGCAGAAUUCUCUCCCUUUGCGAGGCAACUAACUAUUACUAACGCAAAGAAGCUUAUUAGAAGGCACACGAAGAAGUUCGGAUCAAAGGGACAGAAAGGUGUAUCUUCCCAGCAUAAAGAAUUGCUUCCAUCGUCCUCAAGGCAGACCACACUACCUGAAAGUGAUUCUUCGUCUAGUGGAUCGCCACCUUAUGAGGAUUUUCAUGAGUAGAAGAGUUGCCUGAAGCCAAUUCUUCAUAGGUUAAAGAAGUGUGCAGGUGAAAGUCCCUUAACAGCCAGGGUUGGAAAGGGUAGAAACCGGUGGUGGUUGAUUAGUAAUGCUUGGAGAAUUCAAGACAUUUCCAAAUUAAGUCAGUUUUCUAAUGGUCGGGUAACGUUGCGUUGUUGGCCCAAGCUAAAGGAGUUCUUAGGUAUGGUGCAGGCCCUACGAAACAAAAGCAGGCCAAACAUCUUAUGGCAUUAUGAAGAUAAGAAUUGGGAAUCAAAGAUUGGUUUCUCC